AUGGCGCAAAAGCACGUGCGACCCAUGUUGCAGCUCAAGUUCCCUGACCUGUCUGAAGCUCUUUUACAAGAAAUACGCAUCUGUUCGCGGAUUCAGAGUCGAGACAAUGGUCUAUCAUCGAAAAUUUUGAAGUUCCAAAGUCGGCGCAAGACCUGCCUCUUGCGACUGAGGCGAAUAUUCCAUUCUUCAUCCUCUUUCUCGCCUCUAUUGAUCCAGCGACAAACCAGUCAUGGUGCAGCGAUGUCAGAGCUUCACUGCCUCUCCUCAACAGGAUCUUCUCUGAUCCAUCUGGUCCAGUCGUUCAUUAUACCUGCGUCGGAUCGAGAGCCGAGUGAGUUCGUUCUAUGUUCAUACGGAUGCUUGUUUGACCUGUCGGAACAGAUACAAGGAAGUUCCAGGGAGCCGUUUCCGAUCAGACUGGGACAUUCCAUAUGUACCGACGCUUGUGCGAUAUGA